UUCAGUUUCAAUGCAACAUCAUGUUGUUGGUAUACAGCCUCAUAGCCUUCCAUUGUUUAAGCUUGAACAAUGUAUCGAUACUAGCGUUGACUAAAGCUAGAAAUCCAGACGUUGAUCUUACGACAUCCGAAUUAAUAAGAAAAUACGGGUACCCGUCGGAGGUCCAUAAGGUCGUCACGGAGGACGGUUACAUUUUGGAAAUUCAUCGGAUUCCACACGGACGGAACAGUUACACGGGAAAUUCUACGAGCGUGAGGCAUCCGGUUUUAGUGGUACACGGUUUAUCGGGUAGCUCUGCGGACUGGGUUCUCUCGGGAACAGAAAGAGCGUUAGGAUACAUAUUAGCCGACGCAGAAUACGACGUAUGGCUUGGAAAUAGCAGAGGGAACGUAUACUCAAGAAAUCAUACUUCGAUCUCGACGACAGAUGGCCGCUUUUGGGACUUUAGUUACGACGAGCUAGGCGCUUACGAUCUGCCCGCGAUGAUCGAUUACGUGCUCGAUCGAACCAAGCAUAAACGACUUUUUUAUGUCGGUCACUCGCAAGGAACGACACAGUUUUGGAUAACGAUGUCGCAGAGGCCCGAGUACAAUGUAAAAAUUAGCUUGAUGAUCGGCCUUGCACCUGUAGCUUUUACUGGCAACAUACGCGGCCCUAUUACGAAACUGGCUAAAUUAACAUACAUGGGUGUGAUGAUCGGCGAGACGUUCGGUUACCCGGAAUUGCGUUCACGUUCCGCGUGGGGAAAGUUUGUCUCAAACAUACUGUGCAAGGAAGCAUCGACGACGCAGUUCCUUUGCAACAAUUUUCUGUUCCUGGUGUCCGGUUUCACUCAGUCGGAAUUAAACGCGGGCAAUCUGACAGUGAUUAUUGGCCACGUUCCCGCGGGUGCUUCCUGGAAACAAUUGGUUCACUACGGCGAAGGAUACAUACACAAAGAUCGCUUCAGAAGAUUCGAUUACGAUAACGAGGAGAAGAAUUAUCGAUUGUACAAUUCUUCGGAACCGCCAGAUUACGAAUUGAAUAAAGUAACUGCGCCCGUCGCUCUUUUCAGCAGCGUCAACGACUUGCUAGCAGUACCAAAGGACGUUGAGCUUUUGAAAAGAAAACUUUCCAACGUUGUGUUCCAUGAUGAAAUAAUAUCAACGAAACCCUUCACUCAUUAUGAUUUCAUAUGGGGAAGAUCUUCCGUGACGCUGAUAUUCGAUCCGAUAUUAAAAUUGCUGGCACUAUAUAAGUAACGAUAC